AUGGCAGCACAACCAGAAGGUCUGACGCCUGAACAGCUCGCGUUUUUCAACGACAAUGGCUACCUACUCAUUCCGGACGCCUUGUCGCAAGAGACGGUCAAGGAGCUGCUGCAGGAUACAAACAAGAUGCUGGACGACUUCUCGCUGGACGAUCAUCCUAUGACGAAGUUCGCGACCGGAGGCGACGACGGCGAAGGACACGUUGGAGACAGCUACUUCCUUGAGUCUGGAGACAAGGUGCGCUUCUUCUUCGAAGAAGAGGCAUUCAACAAGUCCGGCGAGCUGACCAAACCGAAAAAACGCGCGAUCAACAAGAUUGGCCACUACCUACACGAACUCUCGCCUUCGUUCCGCAACAUGUCGCUCUCCUCUCGUAACGCUGCCAUCGCACGCUCGCUCGGCUUCCGCGACCCGCAAUGCCUGCAGUCAAUGGUCAUCUGCAAGCAGCCACAGAUAGGCGCCGAGGUCCGACCACACCAAGAUAGCACGUUCCUGUACACAGAUCCGCCGAGCGCAGUCGGCUGGUGGUAUGCGCUGGAGGACGCGACGGCAGAGAACGGAUGUCUAAGCUUCGCAGCUGGUAGCCACAAGCGGUCACCUAUCACGAAGAGAUUCGUACGUACAGGCAAGGACGAUGGCGCAGAAGGCACGGGCUUUAUCGAUAACGAAGGUGCGCAAUUCCCGAAGGCCCUCCAGCGGGAACAGAACGGUGCAACGAACGGCGAGUCGAAUGAGGAGGAGUAUACGAUGGGUGAGGUCAAGGCAGGGACCCUGGUGCUGAUACACGGCAACAUCCUGCAUCGGAGUGAGAAGAACAGCAGUGACAAGAGUCGCUUCAUCUAUACGUUUCAUGUUAUCGAGGGGCAUCAGGCGUAUGACAAGAAGAACUGGCUGCAACCGCCGGAGAAGGGGUUCUCGAGGUUGAAUGCGUCGUAG